CAGGCGCGCGGUUUAGAUUCCACUGAUGUCGUGGCGCUUUGGGGCAAGAAGUUGGUUCUCCUCCUGACCCUGGGACGGAAGUCGCGGUCUGGGUGACCCCUGACCCUUUCCGAUCCAGUCCCCUUUCGCCUGCCGUUUCGCUCACUACUCUGUCGGGAUGAGGCGUGCAGGCCUGGGUGAAGGAGCCCCUCCUGGCAGCUAUGGGAACUAUGGCUAUGCUAAUAGUGGGUACAGUGCCUGUGAAGAAGAAAACGAGAGACUCACUGAAAGUUUGAGAAGCAAAGUAACUGCUAUCAAAUCUCUUUCAAUUGAAAUAGGCCAUGAAGUUAAAACUCAAAAUAAAUUAUUAACAGAAAUGGACUCACAAUUUGAUUCUACAACUGGAUUUCUAGGUAAAACUAUGGGAAAACUGAAGAUUUUAUCUAAAGGGAGCCAAACGAAGCUGUUGUGCUAUAUGAUGUUGUUUUCAUUGUUUGUCUUUUUUGUCAUUUAUUGGAUUAUUAAACUGAGGUGAUGAAGUUAAGUGUGCAUUUGGAAUUUAUUCCAACCAAUGGCUUGGUAUUAUUUUGAUAAAAAUCACAUCAAGACAUUCCUAAUUUUCAGAUGGCCUUUUCCAUUGAAAUUUCAGUGCUCUUUGAAUACCGUUUCUUAUCGACUCAUUUAAACUCCUAUUUUCAGGGGUUUUGAGAUGACCCAGAGUCAGUGGCACUACUGGUUUUCUUCCAUUGUUUGCUGUCAGAUUAAAUAGCAGUCUAGUAUCUUGUUGCUAUCGUAAAUAGAGGUGUAGGUUCCAUUUAAGGAAACUGGUGGGAGAGGACUGGAAUGCCUGGAGAGGCUGAUUCUGAGCUCUUAAGUAGGGAGCCCAUCUGUGAUGGGAUGCUAAUUGUGUUUCCCGGCUGGCGUCAGCUGUGAUGGUCUUUCAAGUGGUGGCGAACCAAGGAAGCCUGCUGCAGCAGGAGCAAUUUGUGUUAUUGCAAGCUUUAAAAGGUUCACUAUCAAUGGUCUGUUCCUCCAUCCUCUGUUUGGUUAAAAUUGGAGCCCAGUUUCUUUUUACCUGCAGCCUUCUUAAUAAUAUUUGUCUAUAUGAUUCCUCUUCUUUCUCCAAGGGCCUCCUUUAAUAAAGUUUGUAAUUUUCACAUAUUUCUAAUAGGACCCAAUAUAUAUGUAUUAUCAGUAUAGUUAUUAUUUUAUAAAUUCCAUUGACUUGAUUUAUAAUAGUUCUAUGAUUUUAAAUGUUUAGGUGGGCCAUUUGAUUAUCACUUGUGACAGAGCAAUGUAAAGUUAAGUAAUUGCUAAUAUCUGAGGGGGAAUAAAGUGUCGAAGCAAAAUUAAUUGUCUAUGUUUUAUUAUGUGCUCUAAAUACAUUGUGAAAAUACUCAGGCAUUGCACUUGGAGUGAAAAGGAUUGUUGCUUUAAUCCAUUGUAUUUGUUUCUAGGAAGAAAAACAGGUGGAUUGUUGAGUAAAAAUUGUUAAAAUAUUGUAAAAUACUCUGUUGCUACUAUUUGAGAACUUAACCUAUUUAUA